AUGGAGCUGAGAGUCGCUGAACAGAGAUCUGGUUUAAUCCUGUCGGUUCUACUGCAAGUGGGACCGAUGGGACCCGUUGAUAUGGAAUCUAAUAUGGUCAAUCUGGAGGAGGGUCAUUUGUUGUGCUGCCUUCUGACACCCUCCCAGAUCUCCCUCAAGGAUAAGCGCCCCCUCCCGCCACCUCGGGACAUAGAGACGGGAAUGGGAUCCCCCUUCUUCUGUCAUAUCGACCUCCGGGUUAAAGGCCAGCUCGUGACGGCACCCCAGGGACACAGAACGUCCUGCGGGACCCAUUUGACUGUAAGUGUGGGAGCUCCUGGUCUGACUGAUGUGACUGUGAUAGUGGGAGCUCCUGGUCUGACUGUGAGUGUUGGAGCUCCUGGUCUGACUGAUGUGACUGUGAGUGUGGGAGCUCCUGGUCUGACUGUGAGUGUGGGAGCUCCUGGUCUGACUGUGAGUGUGGGAGCUCCUGGUCUGACUGAUGUGACUGUGAUAGUGGGAGCUCCUGGUCUGACUGUGAGUGUGGGAACUCCUUGUCUGACUGUGAGUGUUGGAACUCCUGGUCUGACUGAUGUGACUGUGAGUGUGGGAACUCCUGGUCUGACUGUGAGUGUGGGAGCUCCUGGUCUGACUGAUGUGACUGUGAGUGUGGGAGCUCCUGGUCUGACUGAUGUGACUGUGAGUGUGGGAACUCCUGGUCUGACUGUGAGUGUGGGAGCUCCUGGUCUGACUGAUGUGACUGUGAGUGUGGGAGCUCCUGGUCUGACUGAUGUGACUGUGAGUGUGGGAGCUCCUGGUCUGACUGUGAGUGUGGGAACUCCUGGUCUGACUGUGAGUGUGGGAACUCCUUGUCUGACUGUGAAUGUGGGAGCUCCUGGUCUGACUGACGUGACUGUGACUGUGAGUGUGGGAACUCUUGGUCUGACUGACGUGACUGUGAGUGUGGGAUCUCCUGGUCUGACUGAAGUGACUGUGUGUGUGGGAGCUCCUGGUCUGACUGUGAGUGUGGGAGCUCCUGGUCUGACUGAUGUGACUGUGAGUGUGGUAACUCCUGGUCUGAUUGACGUGACUGUGAGUGUGGUAACUCCUGGUCUGACUGACGUGGCUGUGAGUGUGGGAGCUCUUGGUCUUACUGACGUGACUGUGAGUGUGGGAGCUGUUGGUCUGACUGACGUGGCUGUGAGUGUGGGAGCUCCUGGUCUGACUGACGUGGCUGUGAGUGUGGGAGCUCUUGGUCUGACUGACGUGGCUGUGAGUGUGGGAGCUCUUGGUCUGACUGACGUGGCUGUGAGUGUGGGAGCUCCUGUGGGCCCUAGUCUGAGUGACGGGACUGUGAGUGUUGGAGCUCCUGGUCUGACUGAUGUGACUGUGAGUGUGGGAGCUCCUUGUCUGACUGUGAGUACGGGAUCUCCUGGUCUGACUGAAGUGACUGUGUGUGUGGGAGCUCCUGGUCUGACUGUGAGUGUGGGAGCUCCUGGUCUGACUGAUGUGACUGUGAGUGUGGUAACUCCUGGUCUGACUGACGUGACUGUGAGUGUGGGAACUCCUGGUCUGACUGACGUGGCUGUGAGUGUGGGAGCUCUUGGUCUGACUGGUGUGACUGUGAGUGUGGGAACUCCUGAUCUGACUGAUGUGACUGUGAGUGUGGGAGCUCCUGGUCUGACUGACGUGACUGUGAGUGUGGGAACUCUUGGUCUGACUGACGUGGCUGUGAGUGUGGUAGCUCUUGGUCUGACUGUGAGUGUGGGAGCUGCUGGUCUGACUGUGAGUGUGGGAGCUCCUUGUCUGACUGAUGUGACUGUGAGUGUGGGAGCUCCUGGUCUGACUGAGUGUGGGAGCUCCUGGUCUGACUCUCCUGGUCUGAGUGACGGGACUGUGAGUGUUGGAGCUCCUGGUCUGACUGAUGUGACUGUGAGUGUGGGAGCUCCUGAUCUGACUGUGAGUGUGGGAGCUCCUGGUCUGACUGUGAGUGUGGGAGCUCCUGAUCUGACUGAUGUGACUGUGAGUGUGGGAGCUCCUGGUCUGACUGUGAGUGUGGGAGCUCCUGGUAUGACUGUGAGUGUGGGAGCUCCUGGUCUGACUGAUGUGACUGUGAUAGUGGGAGCUCCUGGUCUGACUGUGAGUGUUGGAGCUCCUGGUCUGACUGAUGUGACUGUGAGUGUGGGAGCUCCUGGUCUGACUGUGAGUGUGGGAGCUCCUGGUCUGACUGAUGUGACUGUGAUAGUGGGGGCUCCUGGUCUGACUGUGAGUGAGGGAGCUCCAGGUCUGACUGAUGUGACUGUGAGUGUGGGAGCUCCUGGUCUGACUGAGUGUGGGAGCUCCUGGUCUGACUCUCAACAACUUCUCCAAAAUGGUGUCUUCAGCUCAACAACUUCUCCAAAAUGGUGUCUUCAGCUCAACACGUCAACAAGUGCCCUUGCCAACAGCUCAACAACUCCUCAAAUGGGACUUCUCCCAGGAAAUGCUGCCUAG